CCGAGCCUCGGGCUGCGGCUGUGGUCCGGGUGGGAACCGGUGUCGGGAUCGGGGACAGGAGAAUGGCUUUCAGCAAAAAACACAAAGAUGCCUUCGGCUCCUCCGUGGGACAGCUGGUCGCCAGAGCGACGAUUGGGACUUUGAGCUGUGAGGACUGGGAACGCUUCCUCCAUGUCUGUGAUGUCAUCAAUGUGACUGCGGAUGGCCCGAGGCAGGCAGUGGAAGCGUUGAAGGAGAGGAUCAGAGGUAACAGAAACUACAGAGAGGUUCGGUUGGCUUUAUCGCUACUGGCCCUGAUGGUGAGGAGGUGCCGGCCGGAGCUGCGGCAGGCCGUGUUCCGCAGGGAGUUUGUGCGGGACGUCCUGGCCAAAGUGCUGAAACCCAAAUACAACCCCCCCAUCGACGUCCAGAGCCACAUCCUCAGCCUCAUCCAGCUCUGGGCCACGAGUUUCCAGGGUGGGGUGGAUGUCAGUGAGGUGCAGCAGUUGUUUACGGAGAUGAAAGGGAAAGGGAUGAUAUUCCCAGCUCCAGGAAGCCUCCCGGCGGGAGACACGGGUGCAGUGAGUGACAGAGCGACGGCUCCGCCCACCUCCCCGGGCCCCCAGCAACCCAGCCCCCUCCUCACCCCCGUCACCUUGAAGCCCGAGCAGGUUGGAAAGCUGCACAGCGAGCUGGACAUGGUGGAAAUGAACAUCAAAGUCAUGUCCGAAAUUUUACUGCAGAACGUUCCAGGCUCUGAGAAUGCUGAGGAUAUGGAGCUUCUACAGAAGCUGCUGUGUGUGUGUGAUGAGAUGGGGGAGCGGGUUACGGAGCUGCUGAUACGGGUGGUGGAUGGGGACAUGAUGGUGCGUCUGCUGCAUGUCAACAAGGAGCUCAACAACGUCCUGCUCCGUUACCACAGAUUUAAGCGAAGUCAAGUCAGUCUGGCUCGCAACUCCGAGCGAGAGGCACCUCCGCAGACCCCCAGCUCCGAGCCCUCGGCCCCAUGCUCCGUGAACAAUCUCAUUGACUUCAGAUUCUCUUCAGCCCCAGGACUGCUCCCCAUUGCCGGUCUGGGAAUCGCCAACGCUGCACAGAGUGACCAGCCGGUGCCCUCGCUGCCCACACACAGCCCCGGCUCAGAGUGCCCCUCAGCCACACAGCAGCAGAUGGCAGGUGCCCACUGGGAGUCGCUCUAUAGCAAUGUUUCCCAGCCUGAGUGGCCCACGCUGACACCGGCCAACACACUCACCCCAAUCUGUGCCCCCUCCCACACCGAACUCCUCCCAGCCUCACACAGGGGAAGUCCCCGGCCUGGCCCUUGGAAACCUACAGCUGCUGAGCUAAUAGCUAUGGAGUUUGACCCUCUUGUCGCCACUACCACUGAAUCUAUUCCUGACGUGAUAAACAAGAGCAACUCGGAAUGCUGACCUGCUCGGAGCAGUCUCCCUGUGACCAGGAAUGUGAUGGAUUCCCCCCAUGGCCAACUCAGCACCAACCCACCGUGACAUUUAAUAUUCAGCCUCUCAGUGUCCC